AUGACUGUUAAUCCAAAGAUUUCAAUACAACAAAGUGGUAAACCGCCACCUUUAUAUGUUUGUUUAGAUUGUGCAGAUGCAUUAAAUCGUCUAGAUUUUGAUCAAUUGGUGGAUAUACUUUUACCCACAAAACAGAUCAGUUUAACAUGUGAAUCAAAAACUUGUCGUAGUAAGAACAAUUCAGCUUCUAUUACAUGUUGGUCUACUGGUUGUACUUACCUAACAGGAAAUCGAGCUAUAAGAUUAUGUGAAUUAUGCCAUACAAUGCGACAUAUCUAUUUUGAUGUAAAUCAAUCAUCAACUGGAAAAACUAAGGAUAAAAAUCGAGUACAGGCGACUAUAGAUACAACUUCUGGUGUUAUCACUAAUACUAAUAAUGAAAAUGAUAACAGAAAUACUGAUCAGAGUACAACACACAUUUAUCAGAGUUCAUUACCAGAUGUAUGGGAUAUGUCACUUGAUUCACAACCCUGUAUGAUUCAAUCAAUAAUAUCGUUAACAUUAGAAACAAUGCCACGUUGGCGUCAAGUUUUAUUAGGUGGUAUAGAAAAUGGAGAUGAAAGUACUAAUCGAGCUGUAGUUGGUUUAACAUGCCCUGGUUCUAGUGCACCUGGUGGUCCAGCAUCUAGUAAUGAAAUGGUUAUGCUUGGUUUAAGUGGUGGACCUAUAAUUACUUCAAAUUUAUCUGGAAAUUCAAUGAAUAAUACAUCUAAUCUCCCAAUAGUUGGAAGUUCAAUUGGGCAAACAUCAUUCAGUGAUUUUGGAACAGCACAGAUAACUGGGUCAACAUCACGUAAUCCAACUGGUCCUGGUAUAACUGGUGCCGGUACCAUUGGUGGUAUUGCUGGUGUUAAUGAUUAUGCGCAUAAUGCUGGAACAGAAACUGGAGCAAUCACUCUACUUGGUCGUUAUACAGAUGAAGAUCAUAAAGUUCUAGCAGUUUAUGGAGCAUUCUUAGUUGGUGAGAAAUGCAGACCUCGUGAACGAAUUAAUCUUGAAUUACUCACAAGAAUAACAGCUGGUAUUUUUAACUGGUUUUUGGAUACAAUCUACACUGCUGAAGCGAGUAUUACCUUCGAUGGUCGAGGAAAUUUGAGGCAACGAUAUGAACUUGGGGAUUUGUUGGAACGAAUCAAAAGUGAAUAUAUUCUGAAAUGGAUUCAAGAAGUACAACGUCUUUAUCCUGAAGCUAUUUUUGCAGUAUUACUUCCUCAUCCACUGAAAUAUGCUCGAGUUGGAAGUUGCUGGGAUGCUAUAAGUGAUCAUUUAUCAAGAGUUAAACAUGGUCUAAGUCGUAUUGGUAGUCUGAUACCCUAUGAUAUUAUCACUUUUGAGACAUGGGAUUUUGUAAUGCCAUACUGGCUAGAAUCGAUACGGACUGAAGUGCCAAGGGUUGACUAUCCAGAAUUAGAAAUUCUUCUCAAAAAAAUUUUUGAUGCAACUGCUGGACCAUUCCCUUUUCUACCACAAAAAGUUUAUCAUUUUGCUAGUGAACGCUUUGUCAAUACUCCAGUCAGUGUCCAAGAUCAAGCACUGAGUUGGUUAGAGGUUUUGACAACUGUCGAAGUUCCAAUCCCCAUGAAAGAACUGCUUACAAUGUUUGCAGCCGGUAUAGCAUCAUUCUACUUGGAAUUACUAUUACCUUCUAACGAAGAAUAUGAUGAUGAUGAUGAUAACGAUGCUGUUGAUGAAGACUUGACAUAUCAAGAUUCUGAUGAAAAUUCAUUUGACCAAAAUACAGUGAGUGAAACCGAUUGGUUAACGGAACACGGGAUUUCAUCGGAAAAAAUGUUGAAUGAUAAUGACAAUGAAGAUGCUGAUGAGGAUGAUGAUGGUGGUGCUGGUGUUGAAGAUCAUUUAAAAAAUGAGGAUGAAAGUGAUGUCUUCUUAGAAGAAUCCAGUCAUUCAAGAGUAGUUGAAGAAGAAUAUGUAGAUAGAAAUCCUGACCCAAUUGAUAAUCAAUUUGUAUUAAAUGAAAAUGAUUAUACAGAAGUUGAUGAAGAUUUAACAUUAGAUGAAACUAAAAGUCUUUUAUCAAGUAGUAUGGAAGGCAAAACUAAUCCCAAAUCAUUUUCAUCAUCUUAUCCACGUAAAACAAAUAAACAAUCUCGUAUUCCAUUCACAGUAGAAUCAAGUGAUCGACAUACUAAAUCAAUAAUUCAUGAUCCAAGCUCAAAAUCUAAUGAUCAUAUUACAGAUCAUAAAAUUGAUGAAGAUAAAUUAAAUCAACAUAAUCUUAUAGAUGAAAAUGAAGGAAAACAAAUGCCUAAAUCUGAUAUUCCAGUUAUUCAUGAUCCAGUUGAACAACAAACUAAGAAACAUGGAUCACAUAUAACACCAUAUAGAAUGACCGCUUGUUUAACACAUAUGUUAGACAUUGCAUACCGUCAGUUAAAGAUUAUGGAUCCAAUUGGACAUUCAGGAUUUACACAAGAGACACCUAACUUAUUGUUAUGGCUUCUUGGUGAUAUGUUAGAACUAUAUUGGGGUAAUGUUGUUGAGACAGACGAUGAAACAAUGAGUCCAGGCUUAAGAAAUUUACGCUGCAAGGGUUUGGAAACAUGUAUUCUACCAAAAACGAAAAGUAAAUUCACCAACGAUAGUAAACCUUCAACAGGAAUAACAUCAGCCAAACCGACUGCUGUUAAUAACAAUAAUGAUAAUAAUCUAACUGAAGUAAACAAACAAACUGACAAUAGUGCUGACGAAUGCAUUGACUGUUUAGACAUGUUAACAUGGUUCAAUUAUGCUAGACUAAUAUGUCAACACUUAGCACCUAUUAGACCAACUCCUAAAGUGACAAUUGAAUUUACAAUCGAUGCAUUGACAGCAGCUACAAAUUUUCCAGAAUACACUGAAUGGAGUGAUUUCAACUGUACACCUAGCCUAAAUACAAAGUCUCCAACACCAACAUUAGAUCAAGUAGAAAAGUGUUCUUCCCUUCCUUCUUCUGAAGAUCUAUGUUCAGUUCCACCUGUUUUACGUCUUGUCUAUUUAUUGACACGAUUUUUGAAAGAAGGUUCACGUUGUUGUGUUGAUUAUGAAGAUUUAGCUGAUGAGUCAGAUAAUUUAUUUCAGAGUAUGAUGUCCACAUCAGUAAAGACAUCUUCAGCAACAAUAUCUGCUGAACAGCCAACAUCAUCGCAAUUCUCUUCAUCAAUGAAUCAAGCAACUAUUGAACUUAAAGUAUUUCGUGAUCCUGUUGUCUUACAAUGCAUUUUAGAAUGUCUAGCUUACUUAUGUCAUAUUGGUGAUGCGCUGAGACAUAUUUUAACUAAGGCAGAAAGAGAAGAACAAAAAUUAUCGGCGACUACUUCAUCUAGCUCAACGUCUACAACCUUAUCCAGUAUGACUACAACGGUAGCAGCAGGAGCAAUAAACAUCGGUGUUGCAUCAAACAUGCCUAUUUCCACAACAACAGGAGCACAAACAACACUUGGCGUUAACAGUUUAAUGGGAUUAACUGGGAACAAACUUUCCAGUCAGUUAACUAAUCAAGAUUUAUUAAGUAAAGGCCAGUUAAUACAAACUACAAAAACUUUAACAUCACGUAAUUGUACUGCAUCACCAAGAGCACAAAAGGAUUUUGUCUACUAUUUGAUUCAUUCUCACUUGAUUCCAAGUUUCUGGAGUCUACUGAAAUCAGAAUUAUCUCAUUUAGCCAGUUGGACAGUUCCUUUAAUUUUACAUUGUUUAUCAUUUCCUGGUGGAUUUAAUAUAUUAUGGAAAUUAAUUGAACGUGAUUUCUCACAUCAUGAUUGGAGGAUUCGUUUUAAUGCUAUAGAAAAAGUAUCUGUACUGUUUAGAGAAUUAGAUUAUUAUGUACUUGCUGGUGGUUUCAGUGGUUCAGCUGGAAAUAAACUUACUCAUUUAUUAUCUGGUGGAAGUAUGGCAAGUUCAGGUGCAGUAAAUCUUUUCUGCAGAUUAACUGGUACAACACAUAUUGGACGUACAAAACUUAAUACAGGUCGUAAAAAUUUACCUGGUGGUCAUUUAAUGCGACAACAUGGUGGAACAAGUGUAGAACCAGUUAGUAAAACAAAUCCUAAUACCAGUAAUAAUCGUCAUCCUUUAAUUCAAAGUGCUAUUGCACAUGCAUUUUGUUGUUUAAUUGGUUCAUUAGAUGAUCCUAAUUCAAUGAUUGCACAGUAUACUUCAAUACAAUUGGCUUCAUUGCACAGUAUUUCAUUAGCGUGUGCUAUCCAAUGUUUAGAAUUUCAAUUCGAUACUGUCAUCGCUGAUCGAUGUCUUAUACUACAGCGUAUGCAUCAAUUAAGUUCACAAUUAGGAAAUACACCUAAUCAAAUUGACAUUGAUACAGUAACUGAUUUGAAUGGAUCACAUCGUACUGGUGAACAUUUUCAGAAUCAAUUUGAACGUGCCGCAUUCGCUAUAAACAAAAGUUCUGGCCUUAAAUCAAUCAGCUUAAAUUCUCAUGCUUAUUCAUUAAGAUUUAGUUCACAUACAGUUGGAAGUUUUACUCAAGCCCAACAAUCACAAACACAAUUAAAUAUACAACAACAAAUGAUCACAUCAAAUACAACAACAUGUAAUCAAUCACAAAUGGAAAGUCAUAUACAACGAAAGUCUAUAUCUGAGAUUGGAUCAUCUGAUCUACAUAAUACAGAUUCUGUUGUAUCCGAUGGUGUACAUAGGUCACAGUUCAAAUUUGGUCAUGGUGCAAGAAGAUCACGUCCAUCAAUCUCUUCUGUCUGUGGUUUAUUAACAGGUGGUUCACAAGCUGGUGAAUUUGUUGAUAGUAACAAUAAAUUUUUAAGUUCCAUACAACAAGCCCUAGAUUUAGAUGGAAAUGAACGUGAUACAUUACAUCAAUGGGUUCGUUUAUUGCUCAAGUUUAUGUCCACAGUUCAAUUGGAUAUAAAGAUGGAUGAAUAUGGUACCAGUGGACCUAACAGUGGAGGUGGUUGUAGUAGUGAUGGAGUCGGAGGAGUAGGUGGUGGUAGUAGCAGUGGGAUUGGUAGCUCUAGUGGAAGUAGUGGACGUCAUAAUAUGGCAAACAAAUCUAGAGAUGAACUGAAAGAUCGUAAAGCUUUAAGCAAAGCACAAAGGCACCUAGCAUUUUUACUUGGUUAUACUGAUGGUUCGUUUGAUAUACCACCACACAAAAUGAGAAAUUCAACCGUUUUUCAUGCUUUUUUGGCACAUGUUGCUGGUGUACUUGAUCGUAACUUUAGUAUGGGUUGUUGUAUUCUACAUCAGACAUUGGUUGUCUUACAAUUUUGUGCAUCACCUCAACGUUAUGCUACUGAUACACAACCACCAACAUUUACUCUGAGAUUAUUAGAACCACAGGUUAGAUUACAUUGGCUUCAAACACUCUUAGUUAUUUUGUAUAAGUAUGAUUAUAAUGCACCAGGUGGGAAUCUAUCAACAAAUAUGAAUAUCUCUAGUGGAAUAUCGUAUAGUUCAAGUGCAGUAACUUCACAUAUCCCAUCUCAUAUUUCUAAUUCAACAUCGAGUACAAUUGGUGGUGGUAGAAUGCAUAAAAGAAGUUCAGAAAGUGAAACAUUGGUACAAUUGGAUAAUACAACAGGGAAUAUAUCAUCUACGAUUUCAAAUACUGGUAGCAACAUUGGGAGACCAACUCUUGGAGGGGGUAGUAUUAGUGGUAGUGGUGGUGGUGGUGGUAGCGGUAGCGGUAGUGGUGUAGCUAAUACUUUUUCCAGUUCUCAUCAAUUUACCCCAUCUAGCCUACUUGGAGUUAGUGGAGGUGUUGCAAAUCUCUUAUCAUCAUCAUCACCAACAAAUAUUAGCGGUGGAACUAGAGGUAUGAUAGAAUAUUUAAUUCAAAUUGUUUUGAAUACUCUGGAUUCACAUGUACAUGUUUGUCGAGAUCGUCCUAACGAAGAUUUAGUUGCACCAUUCAGUUCACAAUUGAGAAUAAGAGAGGCUAGUAAUGUGAGUACAGAUUUCAAUACAAUAUUAGAAACUGAAACACCUCCAGCUACUCCAAUUAAAGAAGAACAUCAUGAUGAUGAAGAUACUGUCGUUAUGCCAGGUGUAACUAUCAAUCUACUAUCAUCACCAACUGAAGUAAAUGAAAACUCCCAUUCGAAAUUAAACAAUCCUAUAAGGAGUGAUUCAAAGACACUUGACAUUGACCAACGGAAUCUUGAUGAAUCAUCUUAUGAAAUAAACAAUAUGACAAGAAAGAGAAAUGAAGGUCAACUGGAUAUCAAUGAACAAACAAGAAACAAUGAUGAUGAUGAUGAUGAUGAUAAUAUUGAUAAUAAAUCUAUACAAAGUAGAAUAAUUCAAAGUGAUGAACAAAAGAGAAAAUCAUUCGAUUUCAAUAUAGUUAAUAAUUCAAUACAGAAAAAUUUUCGAUAUAAACAAAUGAUCACUUCAAAAUCAACUAGUUAUAUAAAUAAACAACAAUAUCAUCAAGGUCAACAUUUAUCAAAUAUAUCAUUUAUCUCUUUAAAAGAUGAAAGAAAUGAAAUAAAACAAAUUAAUCCAACAAUUGAUCCAUGUACAGUUACACAAGAUGAACAAUCAAUUGUUACACCUCUUCUAACAGAUUCUUCUGAGACAAAUGUUAUACAGGAAAGAAAGGAAGUAAAUGAAACAUCGACAAAUGAAUCACAAAUAAAAGGUGGAUCAAAUGAAUGUAAAUCACCGAAGAAAGUAACACUAAAAUUUCCAAAACGAGGGUCUGCUUCCACUAUACAAGAAGAAAAAAAAUUGAAACCACUUAGAACAGAUUUAUGUAAUCAUAGUCAAUCAACCCAAUUAACGGAUUCUGUCCAGCUUAUAAAUAAAAGUAAACGUUUCAAUAAUCAAUCAACUAAAUAUUCUAUAUCUCAUCCAUUAGAUACAUUUAAUGAAGAUGGUAUAUCACAUCAUAAAUUUCAUUCGAAUGAUUCAUCUUGUUCAAAUACAUUAACAGUGAAUCGUUCACAAUCAGUUGCUGAAGAUCUUUAUUUAUCUAAUGGUAUUAAAUUAGAUAAAAAGUAUGAAAGUAUUAAAAAGAAUAGUUAUAUACCUGUAUCAUCCUCUACUGUUACUCAUAAUACUAUCAGUACAAAUAUUCAUAAUCAUAUACAAAAUACUAAUAUAAAUAUUAUGCCAAAUUUAACUUCUGCUGCAAUAACUUUUGCUUUGACUACUGAAAGAUGUCCAUGGUGUCAGUGUAUCUUAGAACAUUAUGAUGAAAAUACACUUGGACUUGGUAUUCUUUGUUUAUCUACAUUUGUACAUCGUGAACCAAGUUUAGCAGCUCCAUAUUUACGUGAUAUGCUGUUAACUACAGCACGUUUAGCUAGCACAUAUUUCUAUUCUUGGCAACCUGAACUUUCACAUAUCAUCAGCCCUGGGAAUGUUGCCAGUAUCGCUCGUCAAUUUCUUCGCUGUACAAUGUAUAAUCUAGCACCUAAUGGUCUAUUUACGCAAUUAUUCCAAACCCACAUUCCAGAUGAUAGUUUCUUCAAGACAAUUAUAUCAGUACUUGUUGAUUUUGAAGAUCAUAUGUCAUUCUUUCAACCAAUUAAUUUGUUAUUGGAAUCAUUAAAUAAACAAAAAUCAAUUAAUCUGGAUACUUUACCUAUACUAUUAGAAAAUCUUGCUAAUUAUUUAGAAUAUUUACCUAAUUUAACUGAUGAUGUUAAAAUGAAUCAUUUUAUCGCUUCUGGAUGGACAGAUAUUAUUGGACCAUUAGAUAUAUUUCUAAGAAAAUUGUCUACAAUUACACCAAUACCAAAUAAUUUAGCUACUACUGUACGCAUUAUGACUUAUGUACUACGUUCACCGGUUGCAUCAAGUUUCAAGACACUUCCAGAUACAUUUUCAAAUUUACUUCGUGUAAUUGUAGAAAAUGUACAUUUCCGUUUGACUAGCGUCAUUGAAUUAUGUUCAUUGAGUAAUCGAGUAUUGAAAGAUCGUACAAAGGCUAUGUUGAGUAAAACAUUAGUUGAUAUAUUUCAUCAAUCAAUUAAAUUUCGUACUUGUAUACCUGAUGAAAAUUUCAUAAAACUACUUCAAUUUAUUUUAAUGGAUGCUGGUGGUACAAUAGAACCGAAUCAAGUGGUCGAAGGUAUAACAACACUGUUUAAUCCACAAACUUAUCAUCUAUUUCCUACUGGUGCAGCUGAAUUAAUGAGACCUUAUCUACCUGAUUGCUUAGCUUUCAUAUCAGAUAUUCAUACAAUGCAUAAGAUUAAACAAUCUCAAAAAUCAGCAGUUCAGUUGAAUAGUAUUGGAUAUGGACUUGGAUCUUCAUCUAUGACACCUGGAUCUGGUGCAUGUGGAGGUGGUAAUAUUGAUUCUAACAUAUUAGGAAGUGGUGGAGGAGCAACCAGUAGCUCAAGUACUGGUCUUUUUGGUGGAACUUUUAAUUCAUCAGGAGCAUCUAAUUCUGGUCCUGGAACAACAGGAAUUAAUUCUGGUGUUGGGCUUGGAGCAGGUAUUCCAAGUUUACAUGAAGAUAUUUUGGGAGCACAUUUAAAAUCUGGUUUAGCUCAAUACAUUUCAUUAGAGUUAUCAAGAUCUAAUAAUGGAGGAGAUCAGGAUGUUUUACCUUUACUUGCACCAGGAUUAUUAGCUGAUAUAAAGACUGUACGAACAACAAAUAAAACUAUAUCACAUGGAUUACGAUCAAAAAUAGGUACUACUACAUCGGGAUUAAAUGCUGUUUCAGUAGGAACAACUGGAAAGAAUGUAAGUUUACUAGGAGAAGGUGGACAUACAAUCAAUUCUGAAUAUAUAAAUACACAAGUUAAAAGUAAUAAAACUAGUGGAUUAGUUACUAAGCCAAAUGAUAUUCAUUCAAACACAGCAAUUAUUGUUAUCACACAACCAGAUAAUAAUGAAUCAACUAAUAAUAAUUCGAAUGAUAUAAAUCAUAGUCGUUUAACAACAUUAACUUCAACAACAUCAUUGAAUAAAGGACAAGAUGGUAGUAGUCCUAAAUUAUUAUUAUUAUCUCCUACACUAUCUAGUUCAACAACAAUAAUUUCAAAUGAUCAAAUCUCUUCUACUACAGCUUCAAUAUGCACAAUAAACUCAAAUUCACCAAAUUCUAUAUCUCCAACAACAUCUACUACUCCUAUGAUACCUAGUCCUUAUUUGACUAGUCCACGUCAACUCAACUAUGCACAUGUUAUGCUGACAUCACCAUUUAUGCAUACAACUCAUUCAGAAGCACCAAUAUUGCAAUAUUUACCAUGGUUAAAGUCUACUCCACCAUCAUCUCAACUAGGACCAAAAGAUUUUCUAAUUAUGGUGGAACGAGUUCGUACACUAUCAUGGCUAUUACUUGGUGCAACAAUGAAUAUGGCGUUAACACGUGAAGCAACUGGUCUAUCAUGUCGUCCUAUACCAUUCAGUUUAGUUGUUUCAGUAGCAGAUUUAGUCAAAGCACUAUUAAGUGGAUUUCCAGAUCAACAAAAGCAAUCCGUCACUGUGAUGUCUUCAUUGUAUCAUGUUUUCCUUUUAUGUCAAGUAUGGACUAUAUAUUGUGAAACUGUUGCAAGUUUAUCUCCAGUAAAUUCAAAUCAACAUAAGGCAGCUAUGGCUACAGCAUUCGACUUUUGGAUAAGAAUUAUGCCAACUGUUUUACGUAUAUUAUCCAUUUCUGAAGAUUUUGUAAUUGUUAGUGGUCGUUUAUUAACUGUAAUCGAAGAACUAAUUGAAUGUCAAUCAUCAUUAGUAUCAAAGCUGUUUACAUUAUGGAUGCCGCUUUUACACGGAAGGCAUAGACAGUUGCCUGGUAAUAUGUUGAAACGUUUACAAAAAUGUAUUGAAUGGGAACCUCCAGAACCAUAUAAUCGAUUAUUGUUGUUAUCAUCAAUAGCUGAUCCAUUGUUGAAUAAUCGUUUAUCAUCAGGAUUAAUAAAUCAGUAUGAAAAUUUAUCAUCUACAAAUAAUGUUAAUACAAUGAAUGGAUUAUCAUUAUCGAAUACUGAAAAAGCUUUAAUUCAUCCAACUAGUUCUUCAUUACCAGGAUGGAAUGAAAGUUCUUUAUUAGCCUGUCAAUGUAAUUCAUUAAUGGGAUGUAAUAUAAUAUCGAAAUCUCUUAAAGAAUGUUUAAUUGAAGGUGUUAAUUUAACUGGUAAUUCACAAUGUAUUGGACAUGCAUUAGCACCAAGUGCACCAUAUAUUAAUGAUGGUACAUCUAAUGGUAUUGGUUUAGAGGCUGGAGCUAUGGGUACUGAUCUAUUGACUAGCCGUUUAGUAGCAUGGUUAAAAAAGCAUAUAUUUGUAUUAGGACGUAAUGAAGAUCAACAUUCUACAGCUACGCAUAUUUUUGUUCACUAA